CGCGCGCGCACGCCUGACGUCAGCGGCCAGCGUGAGUCACGCGCGCAGGGAGAGCGCGAGGCGGCCUCUCCCUCCCCCCUUCCUCCUCCGGCCCGGCCCAGACCGGUUCCAACCUGCUGGGGCCGGUCCCAACUGCCUCCAACUGCCACCAACCUCUGGUCGGGCCGUGGGGCGGGAAACUCGGGCCCCGCCACUGAGUGGGGAAGGCGGGAGCUCGGGGUGCGGAGUGCACACAUCUUAGCCAGGCCUUCGAGGCCUAACUGUUCCUCAGACCGUAAAACCACAGGACCAAGCACUCGCGGGGCGAUAAGAAGUGCAAGACACUACCAGGCUGAGUUCCUUAGGGCCAGCCCUCGAAAGGCCUAUGAAUGACCAUUAGCGUGAAGUCCUGUCAGGCGACCCACGUCCUGCGCACAGGAGGCCUUUUGUCUCUAAGGGCCUAUGUUGUCCACCGAGGCCACUCAUGCUUUAUUCACUUAAACAGAUAACGCAGCCCGAGUCCGGACCCCGAGGGUGAUGGGGUCCGAGCAUGACCUCAGGCCCAACCCAAAUGUGGCAUCAGGGAGCCCCAAAUGCUGACAGUACCAGAGUCCAGGAAGAUGGAAAACCUAAGUCUAUGUUAGAUACUAAAGAAGGCUUCCCCACAAUCCAUAUGCAUCUGCUUUGACUGGUGGUUUCUAUCAACCUACAAAGACUGUGACUUAUUGGUGAGGGCAGCUGGACACCUCUGAGCGCAACUUAGAAAUCCAUCUUGGGCACACUCUAUAAAGGAGCUCCUUCUCUGGAAAUAGCACCCCAGAUAAGUGCACAAAAGCAAGACACCCUCGUGGAGCUACUUCUUCCCGCUUUCAACACCCUGAUGCCUGAAGCUAUGCUUGAUACUAAAGGAGGUUUUCCCACAUAUGCAUCUUCUGUAUUUUGAAAUUGCAACUAUGGACAGUUAUGGCUAAUCCUAGUAGAUUGUCUUCUCUUCUUUUAACAUCUUGGAUGAAUUUGGGGCACACUAAUGUGUUAUUUGAAGAUGGAUGUUGAAUGUAUCUGAAGGAAUUCCGCACGGAGCAGUGCCCACUCUUUGUGCAACACAAAUGCACUCAGCAUCGGCCCUACACCUGCUUCCACUGGCACUUCGUGAACCAGCGGCGCCGCCGGUCCAUCCGCCGUCGGGACGGCACCUUCAACUAUAGCCCCGACGUCUACUGCACCAAGUACGACGAGGCCACGGGCCUCUGCCCGGAGGGCGACGAGUGCCCAUUCCUGCACAGGACCACAGGAGACACUGAGCGCAGGUACCACCUGCGCUACUACAAAACUGGAAUCUGCAUCCACGAGACAGACUCAAAAGGCAACUGCACCAAAAACGGCCUGCACUGUGCUUUUGCCCACGGGCCCCAUGACCUCCGCUCCCCUGUCUAUGACAUCAGGGAGCUCCAGGCCAUGGAGGCCUUGCAGAACGGCCAGACCACAGUAGAGGGCAGCAUAGAGGGCCAGUCAGCUGGGGCCGCGAGCCAUGCCAUGAUAGAAAAAAUCCUCAGUGAGGAGCCGCGGUGGCAAGAGACUGCUUAUGUGCUGGGAAACUAUAAGACGGAGCCGUGCAAGAAACCUCCGCGGCUGUGCCGCCAGGGUUAUGCCUGUCCCUACUACCACAACAGCAAGGACCGGCGGCGGAGCCCCCGGAAACACAAAUACAGGUCGUCUCCAUGUCCGAACGUAAAACACGGGGAUGAGUGGGGAGACCCUGGCAAAUGUGAGAAUGGAGACUCCUGCCAGUACUGCCACACCCGCACAGAGCAGCAGUUCCACCCGGAGAUCUAUAAAUCCACCAAAUGCAACGACAUGCAGCAGUCGGGCAGCUGUCCCCGAGGACCUUUCUGCGCCUUCGCCCACGUAGAACAGCCACCCCUCAGUGACGACCUGCAGCCCUCCUCAUCUGUGUCCAGCCCCACCCAGCCGGGUCCCGUCUUGUAUAUGCCAUCUGCUGCCGGAGACUCGGUGCCCGUGAGCCCCUCCAGCCCGCAUGCCCCUGACCUCAGCGCCCUCCUCUGUAGAAACAGCAGCCUAGGCAGCCCAUCUAACCUCUGUGGUUCCCCGCCGGGCUCCAUCAGGAAGCCCCCAAACCUGGAAGGCAUUGUCUUCCCUGGGGAGUCUGGCCUCGCCCCUGGCAGCUAUAAGAAGGCUCCUGGCUUCGAGAGGGAGGACCAGGUGGGAGCUGAGUACCUGAAAAAUUUCAAAUGCCAGGCCAAGUUAAAACCCCACUCACUAGAGCCCAGGAGUCAGGAGCAGCCUCUGCUUCAGCCCAAACAGGACAUGCUGGGCAUCCUCCCUGUGGGCAGCCCCCUGACCUCAAGCAUCUCUUCUAGUAUCACCUCCAGCCUGGCAGCUACUCCCCCUAGCCCUGCUGGCACCAGCAGUGUCCCUGGCAUGAAUGCAAAUGCUCUGCCGUUCUACCCCACCAGCGACACAGUAGAGUCGGUCAUAGAGUCUGCCCUAGAUGACCUGGACCUGAAUGAGUUUGGGGUCGCCGCCCUAGAGAAGACUUUUGACAACAGCACAGUGCCCCACCCGGCCAGCAUCACAAUCGGCGGCAGUUUGCUGCAGAGCUCUGCACCUGUCAACAUCCCUGGCUCCUUGGGCAGCUCUGCCUCCUUCCACUCAGCAUCCCCAUCCCCUCCUGUCAGCCUCUCUUCACAUUUCCUGCAGCAGCCCCAGGGCCAUCUGAGCCAGUCAGAAAACACCUUUUUGGGGACCUCAGCAUCACAUGGAUCUUUGGGUCUGAAUGGGAUGAACAGCAGCAUCUGGGAGCAUUUUGCCUCUGGAAGCUUCUCCCCAGGCACUUCCCCUGCCUUCCUGUCAGGACCAGGGGCUGCUGAGCUGGCCCGGCUUCGGCAAGAGUUGGAUGAAGCCAACGGCACCAUCAAGCAGUGGGAGGAGUCCUGGAAGCAGGCUAAGCAGGCUUGUGAUGCCUGGAAGAAAGAGGCAGAGGAGGCCGGUGAGCGGGCAAGUGCAGCAGGAGCCGAGUGCGAGCUGGCCCGCGAACAGCGGGAUGCACUGGAGGUGCAGGUGAAGAAGCUACAGGAGGAGCUGGAGCGGCUGCACUCAGGCCCUGACCCGCAGGCCCUGCCUACCUUCUCUGACCUGGAGGCCCUCUCGCUUUCCACCCUCUACUCUCUCCAGAAGCAGCUGCGGGCCCACCUGGAACAAGUGGACAAGGCCGUGUUCCACAUGCAGUCGGUGAAAUGCCUUAAGUGUCAGGAGCAGAACCGAGCGGUGCUGCCGUGCCAACACGCCGUGCUCUGCGAGCUCUGUGCCGAGGGCAGCGAGUGCCCCGUCUGCCAGCCUGGCCGGGCCCACGCCCUCCAGUCGUGACCCUGCAGGCCUGGCCCCGGCCUGGCUCAGAUCUUCUCACCUAGGACUUUUUAAAAGUAUAUAUAUAUAUAUAUGUGUGUAUAUAUAUAUAUAUAUAUAUAUAUAUGUAUGUAUGUAUAUGUAUAUGAUUAUGUAUACAUUUCUGUAUGUGUGCAGGUGUGCGUGGGCAGCCAGUGUGUGAACAGUGUCUGUGUGUAUAUCUGUACAUAGAUAUAGACACACACUUUAAAACAGACUUACCAAGCACUUUUUAAAAGAAAAAACUAUUUUGCAGUCCUCCCCCUGCCCACUCCCUGCCUUUUCCACUGCAGAGACAAAAUGCCCUCUUCUCCCAUCGGCCUUUUGGCAGGGAAUCUGUUUCUGUCUCUUUUUUAUGUAGGAACUAACUAUUUUUAACUUCUUCCUGGGGCCUGAGCAGGGAAGGGUGGGAAGCUAGAAGGGUCAAGGGGAGGGGGACAAGCCUUCAGGACAGGCCGUGUUCACCUGCCUGCCCAGGCCAGAGCGAGAGCCAGGGGUGUGGAGGACCCGGGGCGGACCUGGUGCCCAGCUGAGGCUUGAGGGGGUGUGCUGGAGGGCCAGCCUAGCUCCUAGGUUUCACCAAAUGUGUGUUUAGUCUGGAGCUAGCAGGCCAAAGCUGCGGGGCCACUCCAUUCCUGACUGUGGGCCCUUGAAGCUCCUCCAGGGGCAGCCCGAGCUCUACCCCUCAGGUUCCCGAGGCCGGGGGUUCACCUCAGUCCUCUCUCUCCGGACUCUCAGAGCAGCCACCCUGGCCCCAGGGCCACCUACCUGGCUGGCAUGGCCCUCUUUGUUAACCCCCCAGCUGCCCUCAGCUGUCCCCCUCUUCUGGCACGGCCCUUGGCCCUCCGUGCUGUCUACCCCCCUCUGGCAGCUAGCAGGGCAAUUGGGGAGGAGCUGCGAACUGUGAGGACCAAGGGUGGGCUCAGGCCCUGCCCUCCUCGCUGGGAGGGGCUCCGUAUGCAUUCCUUGGUGCUCUCUGAGUGCAGCUGACGUCCUGCCCCUGUUUGGAGCGGACGCCUGUGUGCAUGUGUGUGCGUGCCUGUCCAAUGUAUAUUGUGUUUUAGCUUCCAUUUAAAAAAUUGUUCUGUACAGAGAGAUGUGGCAGGGGCGGGAGGGCAGAGCGGGUGGAGGGAAGCCACCCCGCUCCCAGCAGUGGGGGUCUGGGGUGGGAACAAGAGGGCUGUGAAGGUUUUGGCCCUGGCCCAGGCCCCCCCUUGGGCUCAGCACGAAAGGGCUUUCAAUGAAUUAAGUGAAAACUUUCUUUUUUUACAAAAAUGCAAAAAUCAACAAAGCUCCAAACCUAUUGGAAAUAAAAUAUGAACUUGCA